AUGUCCGACUAUGCUGAUGACGAGCCAGAGAGCAUUGUGGCGCGUGUCAAGGUUGUCAUCUUUUCAUCUCGUACACGACACACAACUGACCAAUGUCCANNGAACACGGCUCUCCUUCCUGUCCGCAUCGCCGUCUCAAAACCUGCUCAGCGCGCAUACCUGACGUCCGUCCUCUUCUUCAGCACCUGCUUCUUCCUCCUCAUCGUCUCCAUCGCUGCCUAUCUCGCCUUUUACUGGACCUACAUCCCACGCAUAGGCUUCAGCCGCCCUAUCCACCUUCAGUUCGAUAGCCUCGAAUCUCCGCCAUGGGGUGUCGCAAACCUAGCCCCCGACCUGGUUAGCCUCCAGCCAUACGAUGUUAAGGUCCAGAUACGCCUGCCGCGCACGAAGACCAACACCGAAAUUGGCAACUUCAUGGUCGAAACCGCUCUGUAUGCACCAGGCGAGAAAGGCUCGGUCGUCGACGAUUCCCGUAUCCCUGUCGCGAAAAACCCCGAAACUUCCAAGAUACUCGCCAGCUCCAGACGUUCUGCCAUCUUGACAUACUACUCGCCUGUCGUUGACCUCGCUCGUAAGGCUACCGAGCUGCACUGGCUGAUUCUGGGCUGGCGGCUUGAAGCAGAAACCCUUGAGAUUCCCGUCUUCAAUGGUGUCUCGUUUGCAAAAGGAUGGAGAAAUGUUCCGGACACGCUGCAGAUUCAGGUGCAAAGUCUUGCUCGAAUGCAGAUUUACGAGGCCAACGUUGUUUUCAAAGCUCGCUUCCAGGGCCUUAGAUGGAUCAUGUACAACCAUCGCAUCACCAGCGCCGUCGUCUUUAUUGGUGCCUUCUGGGGUACAGAGGUCCUUUUCACCGCCAUCUGUUGGGCUAUUUUGAGUGUCUGGAUCUUCUCUUCCAGCGAUGACACCUCGGUCAAGACAGAAAACAGGGACAACAAACGAAUCAAAGCCGAAGAGUCGGAAGGCGAGGAGCAAGCCACGUUGUCGGAUACAGAGCGAACAUAUCCCACUUAUAGCAAAGGUCCUGCCAUACGCUACAAUUCGCCUGCCAUCAAGAAGGAGGAAACAGAGCCUGAGCCUUUCCCACAGCUCCUGACUACUGCUCUGGAAGCUGAUGACGAGGACGAGAGCGACGACUUCUUCGACUCUGGCCUUGGUACUAGUCUCGAAAGCAGUACUGGUCAUGGCAGCUCCAAGGAAGCUCUACGCAAAAGAAAGAAUAAGACCUCAAGAGGUUAA